CUUAAAGUUAAACGAGUGAAUAAAACGCUUUUCUCGGAUAACAAUGUGAGCAGGAUAAUGGGAGAUACGGACGUGCAGAUCGUCGAUCUUAGAUGUUCCCAUGCAGACUACAUCAAACGCCAGGUUACAUUCCAAGCAAAACUGCUAUGAAAUGCAAUAAUGAUGAGAAAAUCGUUGAUGUCCUGAUGAAAUUAGGGAGCAGUUUUGACUGUGCGAGCAAGGCUGAGAUUCAACAGGUGUUAGAACUAGGAGUUGAUCCGUCUCGUAUCAUCUACGCCAAUCCGUGCAAACAAAACUCACAUCUGACUUACGCCAAGGAGCACAAUGUAGACCUGAUGACCUUUGACACUGAGGAGGAGUUGAUCAAAGUCAAAAUGUUGUAUGGAUCAGCAAGAUUACUCCGAAAAUAUGUAUGGAGUAAUGUACGAACUGGGAAAGAAGUUUAGUUGUGACUUUGAAGAAGCGAUGGAUUUGUUUAUAUCGGCAAAGAACAAAGGCUUGAACGUCAUUGGUGUAUGUUUUCAUGUUGGAAGUAACUGUUUUACUUCCAACGCAUUUGCUUCGGCAAUCAAAGAAGCUCGGAAGAUAUUUGACACAGGACUACAGAUCGGCUUUGAUAUGAACGUCCUGGA